GUAACAGAGAUGAGAAAGAGUUACUUGGCAUUCCUCGGGGUCUGUCUGUGCAGCAUCUGGGAUCAGGAAAGCUCUGCCCAUCCACCUGUUGGUGCUGACCAGAACCUGUGCCUCACUGAGAGCUGUGGGCCCAAUACAGAAUGUCACAAUGUCCCGGGAAGCUUCUACUGUACAUGUAAGGCUGGAUUUUACUCUGAUUCUGGAGACAGAAGGUUUGCAGAUUCCACGGAGUCCACCUGUAAAGAUUACAAUGAGUGUUACACUGUUAAAACAAUCUGCGGCACGGAUGCCACCUGCUACAACACGAUGGGAGGUUUCUAUUGUCUCUGCCAUGCUGGCUUUGCUCGAGCUUCUGGUGAGAGGAAGUUUACUGGUUACGGCGCCGGGUGUGAAGAUAUCAAUGAGUGUUUGCAGCAACCCUGUGGCCCCCAGGAAGUCUGCCACAACACCAAAGGAAGCUUCUUCUGUUCUCACACAACACAGCAUGUGACCAGCAGACUUAAAACCACUCUCAGCCCAUUUCUGAAUUGUCUGACUAACCUCCUGAAGAACCAAUCCAUCAUUGACAACUGUUUCGCCAAGGAACAGCAGCAGCAGUUUACAGCACAUGAAUUCUGUUCCCUCAUCAACUCCACCCUUACAUUUGCGAAGAGGAUGUGUGAACAAACCGACCAGGCCUACAAGACACAAACAAGCCCUGUAACUUUAAAAGACGUCACGUCAUUUGGAAAUAAAUUCAUUGCCGAUGAUUCUGGAGUGGAGCCAACCUCCGUCUUCCUGGAUGCCAUGGAGAGUUUUGCAUUAGUUGCUGCACUGACCUCACCUUCUGAAGAUCUCAGACCUAUUAUCACUGCGCACCUGGGUCUUGACGUGCGCAUAGUUCAGGUGAGUGACCAACGCUCUCAAUCGAAGGCGCCCGAGAGAAUAACACUCCUGGCAAAGGGAAAUGUGCUGGAUGUUUAUGCAACAAGUGUGGUUGGCGAUAAAAAAGCAGGAGCAGCCAUUAUUGUCUUCCUCUCCUACAAGGAGCUGAAGUCUCUGCAGUCAGGGGAAUUUAUCAAGGAGGGGAGAUCGAGACCCUUCCAGAUGCGGUCAGAGGUGGUCUCAGCUGUUAUCGGAAACCAGAGGAACCAGCACUUCACCGAGAGCGUCAACAUCACCCUGAGGCACACAGAGGAUCCGGUGAUGGAUGGAUGGAUAUUUUGCGUUUACUGGAACCAUUCCGGACAUGCUAGUCACUGGUCACCCGAAGGGUGUAAAGUCUUUCAGUCCAACGACACACACACUACCUGUGGCUGCCACCAUUUCUCCAGCUUUGCUAUUCUCGUCUCAACCAGUCAGGUGUGGGAAGACAAUGAUAAGUCCCUCAGCUGGAUAACUCUAGUCGGACUGACCACAUCUCUCUUGUGCCUGGCCCUCGCCAUCUCCACAUUCCUGUUCUGCGUCCAGACAAAGAAUUUCAACAUCACCAUCCACAUCAACCUGUGUGUCAGCAUGUUCCUGGGAGAACUGCUCUUUCUGCUUGGGAUAGAGAGGACCAACAGCAAGGUUGUGUGUGCAUUGGUGGCAGGGUGUCUGCACUACCUGUUCCUCGUAGCCUGUGCAUGGAUGUGUGUAGAGGGCGUUCACCUCCACCUCAUAGUCAGGAACCUCCAGAGGAUCAGCAAUGCCGGUGUCCACAAGGUGCUUAGGUGCUUCAUGUACCCAUUUGCAUACGGAGUACCUGCUGUGAUUGUCAUUGUUUCCGCGGCAACCUACCCGGCUGGUUAUGGAUCAUCCCUGUACUGUUGGCUGUCGGUCAAGAAAGGACUAAUAUGGAGUUUCAUUGGGCCCAUUUGUGCCAUCAUCCUGUUUAACAUGAUUCUGUUCAUGGUGACAAUGCAGAAGCUGAGGAUGCAGAUCACCCACCUGAACACUGAGGUCACCAAGAUCAAGGACACAAGAACACUGAUCUUCAAAGCCAUUGCACAGGGGUUUGUCUUGGGCUGCACCUGGAUUCUCAGUUUGUUUCACUUCCACGGCACAACCACCAUCCUCACCUACCUCUUCACCAUCAUCCACAGUUUCCAGGGAACCCUCAUCUUCCUCAUUCUCUGUCUGCUGAAUCAACAGGUGAGGGACGGAUACCGUUCCUGCUGGAACAGAAUGUGCAGAAACUGGAAGAGAUCAAGCCUCACAGAUUCAGCCUCCACCAGCAUGCCAAUGAUCACAGUGUCGGUGAGUCCGCUGUCCAACAGUGGGGUCAACUGUGAAACUUCACCCUCUGAGCAGAGGUCAGCAGUGGAUUCCGAAGGCUGUCAUAUACAAGUGCAAAGCUUCCUCGCAGACUCUGACAGCCACACUGUCUGCUGUUACUGGAGCCUGUUCUUCAGCAGAGCAGAACCAUGGAGUGGAGAUGCAGCAGAACCAUGGAGUGGAGAUGCAGCAGCCCGGAGUGGGAUGAUGCCUGACCUGCUGAGUUCCACCAGCACUUUAGGUGUGUUGCUCCGGAUUUCCAGCAUCUGCAGAAUAUCCUUGCUUUGCCUGGGUUAUAUCCUGUCCCUUCUUGUGGUGUCAAGUCAACCCUGCCAACCAGGAUUCAAGCUUGAAGCUGAUCUAGGCUGCAUUGAUAUCAACGAAUGUGCUGAAGUUGCUCAGAUAUGUGGACCAAACACAAGGUGUCAUAACAUAUUGGGAAGUUAUUUCUGUACCUGUAUGCAGGGAUUCCAGCCUUAUAUCAAUGCCUCCCACGGGACAAGCUGCCAAGAGGUUGCAAGACACACACGACUGAGGAAACGGGCCGCACUUGUUGGACAGGACUUCAAGGCACCGGAUCAUGGGAACAACACGCCAUCUGAACACAGGACUACAACGGCACCUGAUCAUGAAAGCAUUCCUGAUAACAGGAACACACUCGAGCCAGGAAGUGGGAACUUACCAGAGCCGGGGAAUGGGAACACAUUCAACCUGAUCAUGCAGAGCACAUCAGAGUCAGAUAACAGGAAUAUAAAUGGGCCUGAAAAUGAAAAUGCAACUGAGCCAGGUAACCUGAGAACAGCUGAGCCAGGUUACAGGAGCGCAGCUGAGCCAGGCAACAAGAGCUCAUCUGAUCCAUAUAACCAGAACACAUCUCAGCCAAGUAAAGGGAGCAUGCCUAGAACUGAAAAUGGCUAUACACCUGAGCCAGGUAACAGAAGCACACCUGAAGCUGGAAAUGGGAGCAAACGUGAGGCUACAACAGAGCUAGACCCUGGUCCAUCUUCCACUCUGUCCACUGAUGUCAGGAACCACAGUGAUCCUGCUAGACAGUGGGAUCCUAGACUGACCACUACCCUGGAGCAGCCAUCUUCACCUGGGAGACUAUUUUGCUCCAUGAUAACGAAUGUGAGUCACCUCUUCAAUAAACCAUGCUAUAACCCCAUCAAAGGAUCACCAUUUAAGGAUGUUGUCCAAUACGUCACUCAACUGCUGAUGGAGGACUUCCCACUGGCGGGCAUGAGGCAGGAUGAGCGGAUAAACUCGGCCUCCAGUAUCCUGAUGGCGGUGGAGAGAAUGGCCAUCACACUGGGGUUGACCUCAACCCUGGACCAAGUGAUGGCCAUGUCCAGGCAAGAAAUGGAACUGCAGGUUAUUCAUGUGGACAGCUCCCCCAGUGCUGGCGGUAUACAGCUACAAGCUAAGGACAAUGCCCUGGGCGUUUCAUGGACGACAGCCAACAAGACCUUCGGGAAAGGUUCUGCUGUGUUUGCUUUCAUUGUAUACGACAAUCUGGAUCCAGUGCUGCAGGGAGCAUGCUAUAGAGACGAAGAGAGCGAAGACUUUCAGGACAAUGUUCAACUCCACUCUAAAGUGGUUUCAGCUGCUCUGGAGUUCUCACCCAGAACCAGCUUUUCUGUGGUUGUAAAAUUUGUCUUGAAGCGUAAAGAGGUAGGGACCACUGCUGGGAGAUUGUCCUGUGUGUACUGGCACCACACCCCGACAAGGAGUUACUGGUCCAUGAGCGGCUGUGAACUGGUGCAAUCCAACUUUAGUCACACGACCUGCCAAUGCAACCACUUGUCCAGCUUUGCCAUCCUGAUGUCUUUCAACGAGCAGCUACAGGACUAUUCGCAGGACUGCCUCUCAGUGAUUACCUUCAUUGGGAUCCCGAUAUCACUGGUGUGUCUGCUCACUGCCCUUGCCACCUUCACCUUUUGCUCACAGGCCAGGAACGCUGUGAGCGCCACCCACACACACCUGUGUCUCAGCCUCUUCCUGGCCGAGCUGCUCUUCCUGGUGGGAAUCAACAGGACUGUCAACCGGGCAAUGUGUGGCAUUGUCGCAGGGUGCUUACAUUACUUGUUUCUGGUGGCCUUCACUUGGAUGAGUUUGGAGUCAACUCAGCUGUAUCUGAUGGUCAGGAACCUCAGGAAGAUGAGAGUGUCUAAUUCCAGCCAGUUGGGGAAGGUCAUCUACCCUCUGGGAUAUGGAAGCCCCGCGCUGGUAGUGGCCAUCUCUGCAGUGAUUUACCCCAAUGGAUACGGAUCAGAGCGAAACUGCUGGUUACAGGUGAAGAAUGGUUUUGCCUGGAGCUUCCUGGGACCGGUUUACUUCAUCAUUUUGGCCAACACAUUUCUCUUCACCAUGACUCUCUACACAUUGAAUGAAGAGCUUUCCAACCGUGACACAAAAGUGUCAAAGAUUAAAGACACAAGGAUGCUGAUAUUUAAAGCCAUUUCACAGGUGUUCAUCCUGGGCUGUACUUGGAUCCUUGGCCUGUUCCACUUCCAAGAGGAAACAGUCGUGAUGGCCUAUCUGUUCACCAUCGUCAACAGUUUCCAAGGCACUUUCAUCUUCAUCAUUCUGUGCCUCCUGAAUCCCAAGGUAAGGGCUGAAUACCAGAAGUGGAUUUUCUCCAUUUGCAAGACCAGGAGAGUCUUAUUCAAUUCUGAAUCUACCAAAACGACACCAUCUGUCACAUCAGUGAGUGUGUCCAUGUUAGUGACAGCACUUCACAAAUUUACAAUCCUUGCCAACCAGCACGAGCACAUCUCUUACAGCAACACACCAUCAUUAUCUCCUUUAUAGUCACUGGGCCAAAAGGUCUGGAACCCCCUUCCUCACAGAGCAUCAUGAUACACACUCCAUUCGGGUCUGUCUUUCCAAGGGGCAGUCAGCAGCAGACAGCUGUGUUGAGAAGGAGGAGGGAAGUCAGCAAGUCUAGAACUACCAGCCUGAUGACUGUGAGUCGGCAAGUCCACUGGAUACUGGGGGCCUGGAGGCUGUCUGCGUGAGCAGCUAGGUGGGUGGGUAGGAGGGUUGGAAAGGGGUUUUGUUUGCUUUUUUAAAAAAAUUUUGUUGUUAUGGUGGCAUUGUUGUUCUACUGAACAAUGUGAACAUGCUAAUUGGAUGCCGGAAUGCAAGGUGACACUUGCAGUCUGGUCCCAGCACUUCCUUGGGUGUGCUCGUUAUUAACUCAAACAAUGCAUUUCACUAUAUGCGUUGAUGCAUACAUGAUAACUAAACAAAUCUAAUCAGAGAUAUAACAUUUCACAGUGACAAUGAGAGACAUCAGGAAAUGGGCCGUGUUUACUGGGUUAGUCUGAGCAUCAAGUGUGGUGAGGAGGAAAUGGUGAUUGCUGAGAGACUCAUGGAUGGGUGGACUUCAGUUCAAUCUGUGUAGAGUUUGCAGAUUCUCCUGGUGAACAAUGGUGGUAAAUGGCCAAAGAAUCAAAAGGGGAUCUGAUUGGCGUGGGUGAGAGGGAAUAAAUGGCAAGGGGUACAUGAACACAUGGAGGAAGUGAUGAACUACUCCCUGGACCUGGUGCUCUCCUCCUGUGUCAUAACAAGUGAAUACAUAGAGGGGGAGUAGGUCUGAACAUGAAGGUCUGUCACAUCGUUAUUGAAUGGGCAUCCCAGACCAGUUCUGUGACGGUAGCACCGUGGAUGAUCUUUACCAGAACAGGUCUACAUUUCUCCACAGAGUUCCCCAAAGAAUGUUGCACGUCAUCCUCACCUGUCAUAUUUCACCCAGACAAAAAUCAUGUCAGCUGGGUAACACUGGGGAAAGUAGUGUUUGAAAGUAGAAUUUUCAGUAUGGAUACUGGAGUUGUCCCUCUGAACAUGGUUAAAUCUAAACUUCCUCGCACAUUCAGAACUCCAGAC